AUGGUUGCCACUAUUGCUUCUAAACAAGAAUUCACCGAUGCCCUUACCCACGAUGGUUUAGUCGUUGUCGACUUUUUCGCUACUUGGUGUGGUCCAUGUAAGAUGAUUGCUCCAUUAUUGGACAAAUUCUCCGCUGAAUACUCAUCUGCUAAGUUCAUCAAGGUUGAUGUUGAUGAAUUUGGUGAAAUUGCUCAAGAGUACGAAGUUUCUUCCAUGCCUACUGUUAUCUUUGUCAAGGGUGGUAAGGAAAUCCACAGAGUUAUUGGUGCUAACCCAGCUGCUUUAAAGCAAUUCAUCUCUGCUAACGCUUAG